GCCACGAGUGCCACCUGAGUAAUUAGCAACUAACAUUCAGGCAGAAACAAAGCAAAACACACAUAAUUAACCAUGUCUCACAAUGGCAGCAGUGUGAUGAUCAGCCCUGUGGUGCAGGGCAAGUUCCAGCAGGGCGUCAUGAACGGCAUGCAGAACAAAAACAUUGGCAACAGCACAAGUGUCCCUGUGUCUGGCUCAUGCUUCAAUGGCACCGGCUUCCUCAGUGGCAACUCUGUUAAUGCACCACCGGCUCGGGAGGUUCCAAGUUACUCUAUUACUGGCAUCGGUGGAAACGCGACCUUCUAAGCUUGAAGGAAUGGAUGAACUCUAUGAGGCCACAACCUAUGAAAACCGCUUAGUAGCGUGUUUGUAAUAAUCAUAUAUGCAUGUGAUUCAAUAAGAAAGAUUAUGGGCUGAGCUGAUACCAAGCUCAAAAGGCCUGUUAAUUAAUUAAUUAAUGUAUAUGGAUGAGUGGAUGUCUCAUUAUAUCUUAUACUCCUUUAAAAA